AUGCGUGCUCGUCCUAGCUUCAUACUGGCGGCCAUCUCGCUCGCUCUGGCAGCGCCUUCUCCAUCCCAACCGAGAGACAUAGAUUCCCUUGUUGCCGACAAAUAUAUCGUCAAGCUUAAGGAAUCGUCGGAGAUUUCUGCACUCGGCAGCAUACUGGACUCUUUUUCAAUUGAGGCCGAUCAGUUGUAUAGCAACGUCUUCAACGGCUUUGCCGCUACUCUUGAUGACGAUCAAGUAGCAAAAUUGCGUGAUCAUCCUCAGGUGGAGUACAUAGAAGAAGAUUCCAUUGUAUCUAUCGAGUCAGAUGGCAUUGUUUCCAUUUCUGAUCUAAUAACUGUGCCCACUACAAAUUGGAAUCUCGCUCGCAUCUCACACCGGGCUCGAGGAGCCGCCACCUACGUUUUCGAUGAUUCAGCUGGAGAAGGGACCUGUGUAUACAUCCUCGACACAGGCAUUCAGAUAACCCAUUCAGAAUUCGGCGGUCGAGCCUCUAUGGUAGCCAACUUCGUCGGCGGCAGCAGCACUGAUGGCAAUGGUCAUGGUACCGCGAUUGCAGGUGUGGUAGGAGGUCUGACCUACGGCGUCAGCAGAAAGACCGCCCUUCUCGGGGUCAAGGUGCUCGACGACAGCGGCUCUGGUACUACAAGCGGUGUCAUCUCCGGUAUAGACUGGAUUGCUUCAGAUGUAUUCUCACGGAAUUGCCCCAAGGGCUUCGCGGUAAAUAUUGCUUUUGGAGGAUCCUUCUCGACAGCUCUCAACACUGCCGUCGCUACGCUCAUCUCUGGAGGCACAUUCGUUUCUGUUUUUGCUGGUGGUAGUGCCGCCAAUGUUGCCAACUACUCUCCAGCAUCUGUAGUGACGGCUUGCACUGUUGGAGGCUCUACCAGCACCGAUACGGCCGCAUCUUGGAGCAACUAUGGAUCAUUGCUUGAUAUCUGGGCGCCUGGUCAGAGUGUUGUCACCACAGGUUUGGGCGGAGGCACUACUACGGUUUCUGGAUCCAUUGCCUCUGCCCACAUUGCAGGCUUGGGGGCCUACAUCGCAAGCCUCGAAGGUAUAACUGGAGCUGGGAUUUGCGAUCGACUUAGAGAGCUUGCUACCCCUAAUCUGCUCGGUAAUGUGCCUGCCUCAACUGUCAACUUGAUUGCAUACAACGGUAGUGGCGCUUGA